UGGCGCCCUCCUUAAAUCCUCACUAAACCCUCUCCCGACUGUCUGAAUCUCUCUCUCUCUCUCUCUCUCUCUCUAUAUAUCUCUAUCUCUAUCUCUCUAACGAGGACAUGGAGGCGCUCUGCGGUACGCUGUUCGUGUCGAGGAUCCCCGACGCAUGCUCCAUCUCCACAGCCACCUCAAUCGCUCCAGUGAAGUCCCUAACCAGGCGAAUUGCAAUUGCCUCCCUCCAUGCAUCUGAUACCCGCCAUCUCCUGGCCUUCCGAGCUCCGGCCUCCUCCACCCCCCAGGUCUCGGGUGAAGGCGAGGAGGACAUACCGCUGGACGGCCAGCUCGAUCUGGUUCCUGACGACCACCCCGUCUCUUCCCCCAAGUCCGAGGGCGAUUUGGAUCAGAAUCGAAGUAGCGAGACCGAUGUCGAUGAAACAUUAAAGAUGGAAAUGCCCUUGGCGGUGCCCUAUGGGAGUGGAACAAGAGCUGGCCUCUUCAGGACACCUAUUUCCGGUGGGGUCCAGAGUGCAACUUCGGCUCACGGUUUACCCCGGCCUGCCCUCGCAGUUCGAAAUCUGAUGGAGCAGGCCAGAUUUGCUCAUUUGUGCACGGUAAUGUCUCGGAUGCACCACAGGCGAGAAGGAUAUCCCUUUGGUUCGCUAGUUGAUUUCGCUGCUGAUGCCAUGGGACACCCCAUAUUUUCACUUUCCCCGUUGGCAAUCCAUACCCGAAAUUUGUUGGCUGACCCGAGAUGCACAUUGGUCGUGCAGAUACCUGGAUGGAGUGGCUUAUCAAAUGCAAGAGUGACAAUCUUUGGUGAUGUCUAUCCUCUUCCAGAACAUGAACAGGAGUUGGCUCACAAGCAAUACAUGGCAAAACAUCAACAAGGGCCUACCCAGCAAUGGGGAAACUUCUACUAUUUCAGGAUGCGAACCAUCAGUGAUAUAUACUUUAUUGGAGGAUUCGGUACUGUUGCCUGGGUUGAUGUCAAGGAAUAUGAGUCUUUGAAACCUGACAAGAUUGCAGUAAACGGCGGCGAGCAGAGUCUAAAGGAACUUAAUUCCAUAUUUUCGAAGCCGUUGAAAGAGCUCUUGUCUGCCGAGAGUGAGGUAGAUGAUGCUGCCCUGAUAUCAAUAGAUAGCAAGGGAACGGAUGUUCGGGUCCGACAAGGUGCACAGUUCAACAUACAGAGAGUAUCAUUUGACGAAGGGCAUGCAGUUGAAAGCUUAGAGGAAGCAAAGGCCGCACUAUGGAAGCUAGUAAACCAAGGCAAAGUGCCCAAAUUCCAUAACUAGAAGUUCAGGUCAUUCCGGAUACACUGUUUUCAUUUUCUCCGAGAGGCAACAGGAGCAGUGGAGCAAUCGAAUAAAGGUUUUUUUUUUUGCCCAAGUAUCUUAAAUUGAUAUAAGCUGUAAAAGCACUAGGACAUGUUUGUAGAAGCUGUGCCGAAUUGUAAGCCAGGUAAGUGUCCAUAAGUCCUCGCUAGUUGGAUUGUGAAAGGUAGCGUGCCUUUUUCUGUACAUUCACAUAUAAGUCUCUAAAUUAAAUUCCGUUCUCUUAA